AUGUCAGCUCCACAGAUUGACACCAGAUGGCAGCAGAUGGCGGGCAGUCUUGUCGCAAUCGCAGCAGGCAUACGUGCAGACAGCAGCAUCCUUGAUCUAAGCCCAGAAGGAAUCUUCCGAAACGCCAUCACCCUGCUUCAGCAACGACAUUCACGGCUUGCUAUCUUCCUCGGCACCACUAUACCUCUCGCCGUACUUGCGUACGCUAUCUACGACAAGCUUGGGGCGGUCUUCAGAGCUUUCCAGAGCUUGCGCCAACUCAAGACCUUUUUCUCCCCGUCGGUCACCAUCCAAUUUUCGCACCCUAUGAGAUUCGUUGUGCUUGCUUGGUUGGCGAACAAUUCUAAAGCGUCUCCCAAAUCGAUGGCAUUGCAGACAUCAGGUAGCCUCUACGAGCAUACGAGUCCCAGGAACACUCUCGAAUACAUCUCACACAUGGAUGAGACUUCAUUGCGCUUCAAUGGCCGGACUUUCUAUGUUACCCGAGGUUCAGGGCCGGUCUACGAGGAAGAGAAGCUGGUGAGACCUGCCAAGGACAUGAAGAUCUCGUACACGUCAUUCUGGGGCACCAACAACAUCACACCUAUCAAGGAAUUCCUCGCAAUGGUACAUUCCAACUCCACCAAGAGCAAAGAGACCCUCUUCCACCGCGUCGACCAAGACGGCAUGGGCUGGACACAGCCUGUUGGAAAGGUUCCUCGAAGCAUGAACUCAAUUGCGAUGGCAACACAGACGAAAGAAGACCUGGUGAAGGACGUCAAAUCAUACCUCAGCGAGGAGUCCAAGGCUUGGUACGCUUCGGUCGGUAUUCCCCAUCGCCGAGGGUACCUCUUCUACGGUCCACCUGGCUGUGGCAAAUCUUCCGUGGCAUCAGCUCUCGCAGGCGACUUCAAACUUCAAGUGUUCAGUAUAGCAGUGUCCAAUCCAGCAUUGACAGAUGAUGCACUCGAAGCGCUAUUUGCUCAGCUUCCUGACAGAAGUCUAGUACUACUCGAGGACGUCGACAGUGCUGGCAUUGAGCGAUCGACGCCAGACGCGAAAGGCAAGUCAGACAAGAAGUCAGACCCCGCUCUUGUUUGCCCUGGAAGAAUUGACAUGCCCGUUCUCUUCGCCAACGCAAAUCACGAGAUCAUGCAGCAGAUGUUUGCAAAGAUCUUUGCUGACCUUCCAGGCGAUUCUACGAUCAGCUCACAGUACGACAUCCCGAAGCUCUCCCAAGCCUUCGCAGCGAGCAUUCCGGAGGACAAGCUCACACCUGCCGAGCUCCAGAACUUCUUGCUAAUGCACCGGGCUUCCCCUGUUAACGCUGUCGAGAAAGCCAAGGCCUGGGCCGAAACCCUGAUCGAGACCAAGGCUCAGGGCCGUAACGUGUCACACUUCACCGGUCAAAUCGGCGAGACAAGACCAAGCCCGACACAGGCAGCGCCAACGACAACGAACACUGCAAUGGCUCCGCCAGCUAUGCCGGAGCCCGCACUCUCCAUCUCAGCCAUGAAAAACGGAUUCGCUAUGGCUCCAGGUACUCCCACCCAGAUCAGUCCCAGCAACACCACACUCGUUAAGGCGACGCAGCCACCGACCGUAGACGAGCACAAUCCUGACGAUGACCACUCUUCUGAUGACGAAUCCUCUGACGACGAUGAAGAGAAUCAGUCCCCAGAAGAGCUCAAGAUGGAGAUCAAGGACCUCAAGGCGAGACUCGCACGUGUCAAGAGACCCCUGACCGACUACGGUAGUACUCAUGGUGGCAGGAGCUUGUUCGGACGUGAUUGCAUGCCGGCACCCACGCAACAAGCAUUCCAUAGGUUCUAG